UGGACAUUGGUGGAGGGAUCUGCUAGUAUUUCAUUUUCAUCAUGGCUGCUGUGCAUACAGAUGUUUCCCUGUGGUUGCAGCCUUGGGAGAGGCAUUUAUCCAUCUACGGGGGGCUGAUGUGCAACUCCCUGAUGGCUGACUUCUGGUCUGACAGAACUCCACUCCAUGAAGCGGCCUUUCAGGGCAGACUCCUCCACCUGAGGACCCUCAUCGCUCAGGGCUGUCAUGUGGACACUCUCACCAUGGACGGGAUCACUCCGCUUCACGAGGCUUGUCUCGGUGGUCAUUAUGCUUGUGCCAAGUUACUGCUGGAUAAUGGAGCAAAUGCAGAGGCAGUGUCAACAGAUGGCGCCACACCUCUCUUCAACUCCUGCAGCAGCGGGAGUGCUGCCUGUGUUAGGCUCAUCCUGCAGCACAGUGCCUCCAUCCACACCACCUACUGGCUGGCAUCUCCCAUCCAUGAGGCUGCCAAGAAAGAUCACAGAGAGUGUCUGGAGCUGCUGCUGUCCUGUGGAGCUCUGAUUGAUCUGGAGCUGCCAGACGUUGGGACGCCGCUUUACUCUGCCUGCAUGGCCCAGGCUGCAGCCUGCGUACAGGUGCUGCUGUAUUCAGGAGCAGAUGUUCAGAUUGGAUGCGGGGAGGACAGUCCUCUGCACGCUGCAGUUCGGGAGGGAGAAGCCGGCAUUGUGGAUCUUCUUCUGGAUUUUGGAGCUGACGGGUGUUGCAGGAACGCCGAGGGAAAGACUCCUCUUCAACUGUCAAAGCCAAACAGCUCAGUGAGAGCUGCACUGCUGAACAGAGGUCCCUGCUAUCUAUCUCAGCUCUGUCGCACGCGCAUUCGUCGAAGUCUCGGAAGAAGUCGCCUGCACAGAGCCUCGAGCCUCUUUCUUCCUCACAGUAUCAAGGACUUCCUUCUCUACCAGUGACACAUCUCUGUCAUCC